CAGAUACGUUCGAUCUGUGCCUUGCUUUACGGGAUGCAUAUAAGAUGUCAGCAAAACAUGGCACGGAGCCAUGAUUUCAUAGCAGUUCGUAGUUUGUUCGUUCCCAAGCAUCGAAACUUGAUCAGCAAGAACUUGACUUUUGUUGGCUUUACCCCAGAUUCUUUGUUGUCCCUCCACAAGCCUUGAAUCUUAUCUACCCGUUACCACAUGACCCUUUCUUGGACCAACCGUUUCCUCUACGAGUCAAACAUCGUUGACUAAACUCACGAUCACACGCCCUGAUUUCCCCGCCAAGGAAGCCGCCGCUAGCCGUACACCCUUUGUGCUGACGACUACAUCAUUGUCACGAUCCUUACCCCUUGGGUAACACGAAAGUCCUGUUUGCUUUCGAUUCAAGCUGUGUGACCAUCUCCUGUAUCCUACCGACUCAAACCAAGCCCUCGGGAACCCUCACCAAACACCAAACACCAAACUUUCGAAACUUGAAGACAAUAUCGUUAACUCGUAUAUUCAUCAAUAUGGGCUCCCACGACUCUUUGAACCAGGCUGAGGGUGCCCCCCGGUUCUGGUACCGUGAUAACUUCUUCCUCACAAACGACAAGUCCUAUCUGUGUCCCCAAACUUUCAACAAGUCUCUCGAUGACAACUGGUGGAGCAGCCCCUUGCCGCAAGGACAACUCCAAAGAGUGCUGGAUAACUGCUUGACUUUGGCGGUGUACUAUACUCCACAGACCGCCGAAGAGAUGAAGAGGAAUGGCAUCGCUCAACCCAAAGAUGGCUCUCCGCAUAAGAUGGUCGGUUUCGCUCGUGUGGUGACCGACUAUGUAACUCUCGCCUAUCUCACAGACGUAUUUGUCCUCGAGGAAUUCCAGCGGCGGGGUUUAGCAUCAUGGCUGAUGAAGGCUCUCAAAGAGAUAGUUGACGAAUGGAAGCACAUGCGUGGGCUUCUCCUUAUGACGCACGACCAAGCCGCAGCUCGGCUGUAUCAAAGGGAGUUAGGCGCCCAAGAGUUCGAAAAGGGACCAUCAGCCGGGCUAGUAAUGCUCGAAAUGGCCGGUCCAGCCGAGAAGCCCACGCCCAAGCAUUGAUGUGCUUUUGCUUUUGUGUUUUUGUUAUCUAGCGAUGCAUUUACUCAGAACUCUCUUGCUGGGUUAUUCAUCUUGUGUUUGAGAAUUUGCAAAAUCUGUUUAGCGCUGUGAUCCGGACAUGGCGGCUCGCAUCUCAAUGGCGCGUUUAUACGGGGGAGCAAUGGGGGGCUGGACGGGAUCUAGAGAGACGUAGUCCUCAGGGAGCUGGUAUGAUGCAUCGGAGUCAAAGGCGGAUAGAUCUCCACAGGCAAUGAACGGUGCAACCCAUCGAGUGCUUCUCUCCGUGUCCUCGGUCGUCUCGUCGUAAACCUCCAUUUCCACGACACCUUCAUCCUUUAUCGUCGAAUCCUGCAUGUCAACAUCACCCUUCUCCUUGAGCAUCUCCUCCAAUCGUCCACCAACACCGAGAGGCUCUUCGAGGCUGGCGCGGAAACCGGCGGGAGGUUGGAAGUUGAUGCACACAAUGAAAGCUUCCACACUGCUUGCGCGACUGCUUCGGGGUUUGGCGACGAUGACCUUCUCAAAGAAGAUCUUGAGCUGGGCGUAGAGAACAUCGACGUUUCUUCCGCGGAAUAUCUUGGCGACGAACUUGCCUCCAGGCUUGAGGACACAGAGGGCUAGGUUCAAGGCGGCGAAGAGUAGUUGAGACUGGACGUAGAUGUCGAGGUCAUGAAGACCUGUCACGUCAGGAGCUCCAUCGCUCAGAACUAGAUCAACCGGGUGCGAGGCCUGGGUGCCAGCAGUCUUGGGAUCAUAAGAAGGGUCAAGAGCUGAAAGUAGCAGAGGAACUGUCGCAGGAUGUGUGAUAUCGGCUCGAAGUGUUGUAAUACCCGCAAGUGGUGAAAUAGGUUGCAAAUCGAUCGACACAAUCUUGACAUCUUCUCUGGGCUUUGUAGUCUCUUGUUGCUCCUCCUGAACCUUCUCAGUUUCCGUCAUUUGCUCGUUGUCGCUGUCCUUGGGUAUUAUUCCCAGCAUCUGCUGUCGAAACUUGGCUUCCUUAUCCUGCCAAGCAGCCCUUCCAAACUUUUCGCCCUUGAUCAGUACGCGGGAUAGUACUUGCGACCAACUUCCGGGUGCGGCACAUAGGUCGACGACUCGAGUGACAUCGGCGAACAGGUCGAAUUCUGAAGGAGGAUGUUAGCUACAGAGCAUUGCUUGAUCUUAACGGCGACCUACCCUCGUCCAAUUGGAGAAGUUUAAAGGCACUUCGAGCGCGCCAUCCUUGCUCCUUAGCAAGCCGGUAGUAGGCGUCGCGUUUAUCUUUUGAGGACUUUCCCAUUGUGUCGAUGUGUCUUGGUCUUGAUGCUGAGAUUGAAUUUUUUUUGGAUCUGAAUUUGGUGCCCCGCGUUGAAGAUGGUGGGUUGGUGGGGUGUUCUUAGAAGUACCCCUCCAUAAGACCGGAUUGGCUUGCGAAUUCAGGUCGUUUUGCUAUUCAUUUGGAUGUCUAUGACAAACUCCUCAGAUAACGCUGUCUAAUUAAAUACAUAAUUUUCGUGUCUGAACAAGAGUCUAUCGCUAAAACCCCAAUUCAUCUCCUACAACCUCCAAAGCCUCUCUCAAAAGGCUGCCAACCUUCUCGUCACCAACUACACCAGAUGCUCGUACAAUAAGAGGAUAUAAUCUCAACAAAUGCUUUCUCUCAUCACUCUCAAUAUUAUCCAAUUCUGGAAUGGCGCCCUUGUCGCUCUUCAACUCGACCAGCCUUUGUAGAAUCCACAAUAAUUCCCUUCGCUGGCUUAGGGGUUGGGGCAUCUUGCCUCGCAGAGGUUGAUCAGCGAUGUAAGCCCUCAGUGUCAACGCACACCGAAGAAUGAGGAAUGGUGCAGCUGUGCUGGCAAUGCGGGCGUGAAGAGUAAUAGGUGACUCGGCAAACUGGCUAUGCAUUGGAUCUGGUGAUUUGGGUGUUGGGGGUUGGAUGACAAUUGUUGGCUCAUCUUUAGCAGCAACCAAACCAAACAGCACCUCACAAGCGACAUAAGCCAUCUUCACACGCCUGGUCGGCAACACCGAUACUGUUCGCCCUGCACGAGGAGCAUAGAGGGCUGAUAAGCCCUUCUCGUGUGUGCCGUUGAUGAUCGACUCUUCAUCUGGCGAGGGGGCAUGAAUUACUGAAGUCUUGAAAAGGCUUGCGGCGUAAGCCUUGCGAGCCUUCUCAGAAACAGCUGCGGCUCCAAGUGCGGGAGUAAUGAGUUCUCGCAGCUUGUGGAAAGAUGCAAUGUCGAACUCUUCGUCGCCUGCGAAGUCGGUACCUGGAGGAGCAACACUGCAGUCCGCGCUCAUGACACCAUCAGCAAUGGCGACGAUCGUGGUCCAGAUAUUCUGGGCAACUCCGUUUGGCAGCUCAAGGCUGGUGAUCUGCGACAAAGUCGCUUCUAGGAUGGUAAGUGCUGUAGAUGCAGCUAGCCUCCAUGGUUGCGUGGAUUUCGUUAUCGUAGGGAAACCGUAUUUUAACUCAAUGGGUUUGCAUAAAGCCUUCAAAGCCUCAGAGAAGGAGUUGCUGCGGUAGAUGUCUGAGUCCUUCGAGUGCUCAAGAAUAAGCUUCUCGAGUGUCUUCAUGCUCGCCUUUGAAAGCGCAAUGUAAGUACGUUUAGAUCCUGGCUUUGAGAAGUUGGCCUGCAUAAAAGGCAAGACCAGAAAAUCCGCAACUUGAGUAAUCAUGGCCGAUGGCGCUCCCUCAACAUCUGUUCGAAUCAUUUGGACAGCUUCGAGAAUAUGUGCCUGUAAAGGCGUCACAUAUUCGAUAUCUUGGACGUAAUUGCCAACUGAGGCUUCGUCCAAAGUCUUUCGAAGAAGUGUCAGAAUUCUACCAACUCGUUUCACUUCAAGAUCUUCCUGUACAAGUCGAUAGAUCUCUGUCAAGGCAGAUACAUAUGCAAUGAGGCAAUUCUGGUUGUCUUCAGCCUUUUCAUCAACAGGCUUGGAGGUCGGAACUCCUCUUGCCCACAGAUCCCACGCAAUAUCGAUCGCUGUUUUGCUGAAGACAGACUUGCCCUCAGUGGUCGUCUGAGACAGAAUAUGAGCAAGCGCUUUGAAGGUUGCGGUGUUGAUAUCAAGGACUUGAAAGUCAAGUAGGGUGGUGAGAUGAGAAAGUAACUCUUGCCAUAGGUGAUCGAAUGAGGGGUGGCCAGUAAGAAUAUCAAGGUAAUUAGCGAGGAGGCUGGAGAUGCCGUUGAGAACAACAACAGCCGUCUCAGUCCACUCAGCCCGGUCACUGUCCUCGGCAUCUUCUUCCUCAUCCGACUGUAGAACUUUGAUCUCCUGCUCGAUCGAUGACAAGAGCUUAAAGACAACCGACUUGACACAUAUCGACCAAGACUCAGGGCUGAGUCGAUCACCGUAGGCAUCAAAGAUCCUGAGCAAAGUCUGAAUUGCACUGUUGCGAAGCUCGAGUCUGUCAUCAGUGGUAACAUUGGUCAGUCGCAGCAGAAGCAACAUCCACAAUGCUGCAUCAGAGCUCUUAUGGCCAUGAUCAGCUGCCAUCUUUUC